AUGUCGAUCUUUUUCUUUCGGUUCCACAACCUUCGGCGAGCUGAAGAGAAAAGGAUGCGACGUGUUAACAAGACGAACAUGAAUUCUGAGAACAUGACUGCACCCUCAAGACUUCUGGAGCGACCACUGAGCCAGCCCACGGACAGUCUGGACGAAAUCGCCUUGCAGAUACCCAGGAAGGUACAGUUUUACAGUAAAACCGCCAUCACGCACUUACGCCCUUUUACCGCCGCGACCGUCGCCAUGAUCUUUACUUUGUACUGA